ACGUAAGGUAAGUUCUGUCCUUCCUCUAUAUUAACUAGACACUCUUGUGUACACUAUAAUAAUGGAAUACUCAAACGAUUACCAUCAUCACACACAUUCAGGAAAGAACUGUCGUUGUUGUUUUGGUGAGAUAGCAGAGGUUGUAGCGAAUACUAGAGGUCUUUUUCACCUGCAAACUAAUGGGAAAGGGGAUGCUCGUGUGGUGAAUCGCAUCUGGAUUGCCUUAGGCGAACAACUGAAGGACCUGCUGAAACGCAAAAAGUCUGCCAUUGUUCCGAAUUUUUUGCAUGCGAGCAUUAAGGUAAAAAAGGACCUCUACUUUGACGAAAGCACCCGUGUGUUUAACAAGCCCCAGAUCGUCCUCCUGCCCGAUUUCACCUCCAAAUUUCACCUGCAGAAUGUGCUGUUGAUGAAGGAUGCCCACUAUCAUGCGACAGUGCCUUGCUAUGUUAGCUAUACCGCUAUCGCGAAUAUCGUUGGGAUGGACCGUUAUAUUGUUGAGGCCGCUGUGAAGGAUUCGAUUGCUGAGAUUGGCAAGUAUACCCAACGCAAUCCGACGUCUACCCUAAGCAUUGACAUAGGGAUUGGAUUUCUCGAGCUUCGUGACCGUGAGUAUCGCAUGAAAUGGUCUCCUAGGUUCUUGACAAGUAUGAAGGAAAGCUUCAUGAAAACGGAGGUCCUUGUUAAGCCGUACGAUCCGCCAUCGAUGGUAAAGGACGGGCCUGCCGCAAAGUGUCGAUUUCAGGCAGGAUGCCUCACCCAUGGGGAGUUGAAGCAGGCGGUAGAGGACACAAAGGAGGCUGAGAAGCGACUCACUGUAGCUGAGAUGAAUGAUGGAUUUGGUGGUUCUUCCUACCGAAAGACUUACUGGUGAGUGACCAAAAGGAAGCAUUUAUUUGUUUUAUGAAAAAUUAAUCCCUGUAGAAUACAUGUAUGUGGAUAUGAUUAUGUAUAGCGGCACAGUUAGUUAUUGGUUUAUCUCGCGGUGUGGGUCAAUCAGCACUAUCGAUUCGAAUUUUUGGCAAUGAGUAUUUCGAUCAUGCGUCGAAUCAACUCGAUUCAUUAUUAUUUUAUUUUUGUGCUUGUUGUUUUUGCUUUAUGAAACAUGUAGGCUUAUAUCUAACAUCAAAAAA